CGGUUAAAACCUAAAUCAACUACCUCCACCCCCAACUUUGAAAAGCCCGCGAAUCACACGAUCAAAGUACUCUCUCUCUCUCUCUCACCAAAAACUCUCCUACUAUUAGACUAUACACUACUCUCUCCUGCAAUUUCACCAUGAAUUUCCAUUUCAAGUAUGUUUCCAUCAUAAUCACUUAUUAUGAAGUACUUUUCCCAUGUCUCCUUUUUCCCAUUUUCUCUUUCUGCUUCCAGUAUAUAUGUGAAGUAAUUUGUGGGUUUCGGAGAGCUCAAUCACAAACUUUGCUUCCUCUAAUUGUUGGGUAAAAGAAAAAAAAAAAAGAUGGGUUUUUUCGGGAGUGAGGGUGUGAUUUACAAGCCUGUUGAUGAGGUUGAUGUUGGCCCUAAUAGUGAUGAGGUUUACAUUAGCCCUAAUGUCAAAGCUCCGCGUAUGGCUGGAUUUUUGGUCAAACUCUUUGUUUGGAUUCUAGAGUCCAGGAUAUUUGGAAUGAUUUUCUUGUACGUCCUCAAGAAAGACAAUUUGAUUCAUAAGCUUGUUUCAUACGCAGAGUUGGAAGACUCACCUGUAUAUGUUCCAUUACAUCCUUCUGAAGAUCCCCUUGAGCAAGAAGUAAGAUGCAUCAAUUCUAAGAGAAAUCCAUGUGAACGAGCACAAGAGGCUCUAGAAUGCCUACCUUCUUCUUCAGAAAGUAUAUCAAGUGAGACGAAUCCUUGGUUUCGGCGCUGGACAAUAUUGGAUUACUCAAAAGCAUAUAGAUCUAGAGUGCUGACUCCAAGCAUGGUGGCAGAGCGUUUCAUUAGAGCUGUUGAACAAUCAUCAAGUGCUAAAUGCAACAUGUCAUUCUUUAUUAGUUGUGACGCCAAGAAUAUUCUGGAGCAAGCUGCUGAGUCUACUCUACGUCAUGAAAGAGGAGAACCACUUUCUGUUCUGGAUGGAGUGCCAAUUGCCAUUAAAGAUGAAAUGGACUGCAUCCCAUAUCCAACAACAGGAGGUACAAAAUGGUUGCACAACUUUAGAUCCUCCAAAAAUGAUGCUUGCUGUGUUGAGCGUCUGAGAUCAUGUGGUGCAUUACUCGUUGGGAAAACCAACAUGCAUGAGCUUGGUGCUGGGACAAGUGGCAUAAAUCCUCACUAUGGGGUUUCGCGAAAUCCUUAUGAUACCCGCCGGAUAUCUGGUGGUUCUUCUAGUGGAUCUGCUGCAGUUGUUUGUGCAGGAUUGUGUCCUGUUGCUCUUGGUGUGGAUGGGGGUGGGUCAGUCCGUAUGCCUGCAUCUCUCUGUGGCGUUGUUGGUUUAAAGCCAACUUUUGGACGUGUGCCUCAUACAGGUGUACUUCCUCUCAACUGGACAGUUGGGAUGGUUGGAAUUUUAGCUGGUACAGUUGAAGAUGCUUUAAUAACUUAUUCAGCUAUAAGUGGUCAGCUCCUCUCAGACCAACCUACAGUUUUGACGCCUAAUGUUAAUUUGCCUCUGCUGAGAUCACAGACAUCAGUUGGUGAUAUCAAAAUUGCGAAAUAUGGAAAGUGGUUUGAUGACUGUCAGGCUGAUAUCAAACUCUGCUGCUCCCAUGCUCUUGAUAAGCUUCGAAAAUGUUAUGGAUGGGAGACUAUAGAGGUCACGAUACCAGAGAUAGAAACAAUGCGACUGGCACACUAUAUAACAAUCGGAUCUGAGUGCACUGCUGCUCUUGAUAAUCUUCGGCAGAAACUGAACUCUGCGGUACUUGGAUGGGAUGCACGAGUGGGGCUUUCUGUAUAUGGUUCCUUUAGUGGCAUGGAGUAUAUAAAAGCCCAGAAAAUCAGGGGCCGUCAGAUGUAUAUACAUAACAAGGUCUUUUCCCAGGCAAAUGUCAUUGUUACUCCGACAACUGGUGUAACUGCAUACAUGAUCAAGGAUGAUGCUUCAAAAACUGGUGAACUCGAUUACAUUAAUGGAGCUGCACUGGUACGCUAUCAAAUUGCAGGAAAUUUCCUUGGUCUUCCUGCAGUUACUGUACCGAUUGGAUAUGAUGAAGCUGGGUUGCCUAUCGGCCUGCAGUUUAUUGGAAGACCAUGGACUGAAGCAACACUAAUGCACAUUGCUUUUGCUGUCCAGGCUCUGUGCAUUUCUGACUGCAGGAAACCAGCAGUUUUCUAUGAUCUGUUCAACUCAACUUGAUCAGUACUGACCAUCACCAUGGGGAGUAAUGUAAGAUAUACUGCCAUACUGGGAAACGUUCCAAUAAAAAAAAAGGCCGGAGAAAUUAUAUAUGGAGAAUUUUCAAGGGGUGUCUUAAUCUUUGGUUCUAGUGUUCUACUACUACUGCAUAUGAGUGAUGGAUGGGGAAAUCUGUACUUAGUGGCUUUACUUACUGUUAAGAAAAUUGAUUGAGCUUAGUUAUUGAGUGAUUGUAGUUGGAACUAUCUUAUAUUCGUCUUUUUGGAUUUACUUGA